AUGGCGACGGCAAUGCAUAUCUACACCACGAGCAUUUCCGGCCCGGUUGAGCCAAACUUAACGCUUGCCAAAGCCGCUAUGCUGGUCCAUCCACCCGACCGUGUACCGUUCUCACACACUCUUUUAGCGAGAAUUUCAGAGUUCCCACACGAAACCACGCGCAUGGUUCUAGAACAAGUCUUCACUACCACUAAGUGA